AUGGACAACGGCACCGAGUUCAUCAACUCCGACUUCCGAGCGCUCCUUCGGGAUUUCAACAUCACCGCCGAAUCUACAUCGGCUGAUGGCGUCAAUAACAAUGGGCACGUGGAGCGGCGGAUUGCCUUGGCGAUGGACGGAGGGCGAGCGGCUUGGGGUAGAUACCCGAAUCUUUUCCCCGGGGUGGAGUUUCCCGCGCGUGCCAAGUCCUACCAAGCGAUGUGGCCGGAGAUCGUAACAUGGAUGAACGAUGCGGUGAACACGUCGGCGGAAGCGCGGAAGAAGGGCACUCGGAGCCCCGAGUUCAAGACGUGGGGUGCUCGCCGGACCAACCUCGUGCAAUGGUACAUGAUGCCUGGCUUUCGUCACCACGAUCGCGCGAAAAAGAUGGUCAGCAAGGGCCGACGGGUUGUCUACCUGAACAACGAGAUUGACCACUCCCCCCGCACGAACAAGGUUCUCCUGCCGUCUGGACUAGUGGCGUAUUCAUCUCACGUCACUUUCGGCUACAGGCGACACCCGUUCGUGGGAGAGGUGCCCACGUGGGGUUCUGGUGCUGUGCAGUAUUCAAUGCCGUGGGCAUCGCCGGAGAUAUCGGGAGAUCAGGAUACGGGAGCUGGAGCGGCAACACCAAGCCCCGACAGCGCCUAUGCCGCCGGGGCCUCGCCUACGUCAUCUUCCCUCGGCCGCGGUCUUGCCGCCGGGGAUACGGGAGCGGGAGCGGCGACACCACACCCUGGCAGCGCCUAUGCCGCCGGGGCCGCCCCAACGUCAUCUUCCCCCGGCCGCGCUCUUGCCGCCGGGAAUACUGGAGCGAGGACGCUGUCUGUGGAGACGCCUGGCGGUCGUGUUUUCUUUGCCCCGUCAGUAGAGGCAACGGCUGGGCGCUCCGGUGGUAGCGGUGGAGCGGCGACACCGGAGGCGCCUGGCGGUCGUGUUUCCUUUGCCCCGUCGGUAGAAGCAACGGCUGGGCGCGCCGGUCAGAGCGGCGGAGCAGCGGAGGAAGCCGGAUCGGAUCAGGUUGGGGAUGAGCUUUCGUGGAUCGGGGACGGGGAUGAGGUGUCGAGGGAAUGGAGCGAUGGGGCGGCGCCGCCGGUGGCGUCCCGUACAUGGCACCAGCAUCUCGUUCGCGGCAUGAAACGUGUUCACUUUGAGCAAUGCCUAGCUGAUGCCUGUGUGAUGCGACUUGUAGAGCAUAGAGCCGUGACUAUGGUCGUUGUCGUGCAUGUGGAUGACAUCCCCUCGAUUGGGCGCAAGGGUAGGUGUGACCAGUUUGGUGCUGACCUCAUCAAGUACGUGCCCAUCUCCAAUCUUGGCGAGCUCCGGUGGUACGCCGGUUGCCGGUUUUCGCGUGAUAUACAUGUAGAGCAGGGAACCCUCGCCAUUUCGCAACAAGCGGUGGCAGAGAAGAUGGUAGCGAAACUCGAUGUGAUACAGAACAAGUCAACCCUCAUGGCUUUUGGCUUUCAGUUAGACGAGUCCGACCCUGCUGAGCCUGAUGUUGACGAGCCUUUCCGAUCCCUUGUGGGGCACCUGGUGUGGUUGGCUAGUCAGACGCGCCCGAAUAUCCUCAACGCGAUGCGGGCCGUGGCACGAUACGCUCAUGCUCCCAAAAUGUUGCACUGGCAUGCAGCGUUGCAUGUUUUGAUGUAUGUUCGGUCUACUGCGAGUUACGGCAUUACCUUUUCACGUGGCACGGCGGGUGGCGUUGAGUUGGAGCUGUAUGUGGAUUCGGAUUUCGCUAGCACGGCUACCGACCGGCGGUCGGUCUCUGGCGCGGUGGCGAUGUGUGCGGGCAGAUGUGUCUCGUAUCUGUCCCGCACGCAGCGCAGUGUCACCUUGUCUUCUACUGAAGCGGAGUAUGUCGCGCUCGCUGACGGGCUGAAGGAAGGGAUUUUUCUGCGGAUCGUGUGGAGUUUCAUCUUUCCUGACAAUCAUGUUGGCCUCAUGACGGUUAAGGAGGACAAUCAAGGGGCUCUCUACUUGGCCACAACCUCUGACGGCAGUAAUGGUUGA